AUGCCGCGCAAGGAGGAACAGGUGCACGCGCACAUGCCGCGGAAGGAUAAGCACAAGGAGAAAUAUCCUAUGACAAACUGGAUAUACGAUGUAUUCCUCUGGACCUUCUCUAUCUUGGUGGAUCUCUUCUUCAGAGAAGUCCAUCCUCGCGGUUCGUGGAAAGUGCCACGGACAGGCCCUUUGAUAUUCGUAGCGGCCCCCCAUGCGAACCAGGUGCGUCGAAAUCUCCAUGAAUCAUUAAGAAUGAUCGCUAAUGUACUUAUCUAGUUCGUCGAUCCCCUUAUCCUCAUGCGCACACUUCGAACCGAAUGCCACCGACGAGCAGCUUUCCUUAUCGCUGCAAAGUCUAUGAACAGAUGGUUGAUAGGAUGGUUUGCUCGAAAGGUCGGUGCCGUACCUGUUGGACGAGCCCUUGACAUGGUAAAACCAGGUUCAGGAACAAUAUAUCUCCCUGAUCCAAUUUCAGAUCCUUUUCUUGUUCGGGGGUUCAGUACAAAGUUUAGGAGCAAGGAGAUCCAAAUUGGUGGUCUACUGGUACUUCCGAGCGUCAACGGAACUGCUGCCAAUGCUGAAAUCGCCGAAGUUAUAAGCGAUGAGGAAAUACGGCUAAAGAAGCCAUUCAAAGGUAGAGCUGCCAUGGAACAACUUACUGGAAGAGAAGACUUGGACGAGAAUGGGAAAUUCACAAACGAGGCCAUCCAAGGGACUGCUGAAGGAUUCCAGGGUGUAAAAUACAAGACCGCCCCAAAGGUUGAUCAGACAGAAGUUUAUGAUGCGGUUUUUGAUCGGCUCAACGGUACAGAUGGCGCAGUUGGAAUCUUCCCUGAAGGUGGCAGCCACGACAGAACCGAAUUGCUUCCCCUCAAAGCUGGUGUGGCAAUCAUGGCUUUAGGUGCUUUGGCCGCAAACCCGGACAGCGGGUUGAAAAUCGUUCCUUGUGGCAUGAACUAUUUUCAUGCUCACAAGUUCCGUUCUCGUGCUGUUAUAGAGUUUGGGAACCCAGUCGAAGUCCCUCAAGAGCUUGUAAAAUUGUACAGAAGCGGAGAGCGGAGAGAAGCCGUGAGCCAGUUGUUGGACACGGUCUACCAAGCUCUUGUCGCAGUCACUGUCACAAGUCCGGACUAUGAUACCCUUAUGCUUAUACAAGCAGCUCGUCGCCUUUAUAACCCGACUGGAAAGAAGCUCCCUCUGCCAAUGAUUGUGGAGCUAAACCGAAGACUCGUCAAAGGAUACACACAUUACAAAGAUGAUCCCAGAAUUGUAUCUUUGAAAAAGUCAGUGGUUUCCUACAACAAACAAUUACGGUAUAUGAAUAUUCGAGACCACCAGGUCGAAUAUGCCAAAAAGUCAAUCCCAAAGGCUUUGCUUCUGUUGUUUUAUAGACUGGGGAAAAUCUCUGUAUUGUCUGUGGGCGUGCUUCCUGGUUUGGUUCUCUUCGCCCCUGUUUUCGUUGCUUCCAAGAUCAUCAGUAUAAGGAAGUCCCGGGAAGCACUUGCUGCUUCAACUGUCAAACUCCAAGGUCGUGAUGUUAUGGCAACUUGGAAGUUGUUGGUAGCACUUGCGUUUGCGCCAAUCCUAUACAACUUCUAUACUAUCCUUCUUACUUACUGGACCUAUCGUAAUAGAAUACAGGGUUAUGUCCCAGACCGCGUGCCUCUAUGGGCAAUUUGGGUUGCUGGAUACAUCAUAUUCCCUGCAAUUACGUUUGCGGCCCUUCGUUUCGGAGAGGUUGGCAUGGACAUUCUCAAAUCUUUGCGACCCCUCGUUCUCUCUCUCAACCCAACAUCAAGCAACACCAUUACCAAGCUUCGUGCUCGGAGAGAGAAGCUUAGCGCAGAAGUGACGGAUCUGAUCAACACGUUGGGCCCUGAAAUGUUUCCUGACUUUGAUUCUGCCAGAAUCGUUGCGAAUCCCUUUAAGAACGGAGGCAUGGCAUCAUCUCCCACAAGCUCAAGGUUCAAUCGAAGAGGCAGCGAACAGUCUGGUGUUUCUGGAACGUCAACUCCGCCCAGCUACGAGAAAUUUGGAGACGGACCAUCCAGCAAUAAUGGCCAUUUACCAAGGAACGAGUCUUUCAAGAAUCUUGGAAACAUUGCGCUCUUUGCCACACGUCCACCAUCAAGGAAUCGAAGCCAUAGCAGUAGCAGUGGCGGCGCUCCAGGCUCGGCAAGUUUUCCUCUGCAGGCCUUUAGCACUUUAGAUACGAAGGGAAGCUUUGCGGAGGUAAGUCAGAAGAUUAGAGGAGCCAUGAGAGAGAGGGGACAGACUAGAAGAAGACAGAGUGAAGCCGCUAGAGGGGAACAAGAGGGAGAGGAUGAUGAAAGUGAGAAUGGUGUUGAGGUAAGGAAGAACAUUUGAUGGACGAAUACACUUGUGGUUGUUGGGGGGUUUCUUUCCUUUUCUGGGAAUAUGAAGAUUCGAGAUUAUUUGUGCCAGUCUUCUCUGCUUUUGUAAUCGCGGGGCGUCAACAGAUAAAAUACCAAGGUCCUUGUUUCUUUUUUGCAAAUCUUCUACUACUACAGUAUAUACAUGCACAACUAAAUUGGUUGCACAAGGAAUGAAUACUCACUUUACAUAGCAC